UGGCUGUGCGUCGGCCAUGAUGGCUUUGAGCAGGGACCGUGUCACGCAAACAUGUUUUCAAAGUGAUAUAUCUCGUUUGGUGACUGAGUGACCGUGUUCCAGCGCGAUGGCCGAGGAACGAUGAGGCGCUGAGCACUCUCUGUGCCGGGUAAUUCGGCCCCCAGGGCCCCGAGCCAGGCCUCGUAAGCAGGUCCACGGCGUUCCACACGAGCCCGAGGCCCCCCCAGCCCGACCCGACUGGCCCUCACGGGUGCGAGCCAGCCAUCCUUGGUUGUCAACACGCGCGCGAGCCAGCCGCCCCUCAGGAUGAGCAAGCUGUCGUUCAGGGCGCGCGCCCUGGACGCAUCCAAGCCCAUACCGAUCUACAUGGCCGAGGAGCUGCCGGAUCUGCCAGAUUAUUCGGCCAUUAACCGCGCGGUGCCCCAAAUGCCCAGCGGCAUGCAAAAGGAGGAGGAAUGCGAACAUCAUCUUCAAAGAGCAAUAUGUACUGGUCUAAUCAUUCCUACUCCUGAAGUAACCGAUCUGGCAGACGAGGAAGCUUAUGAUAAGAUAUAUCCUGCUGAUUAUAAGUUGCCUCGCCAAUUAAUACACAUACAACCCUUUGCCAUGGAACAAGAUAUACCUGACUACGAUAUGGAUUCGGAGGAUGAAAGAUUCGUUGCGUUGCAAAGCAACAAGAUGGAGUUAACCCCGCUUCAAUUUGAAGAGAUGAUGGACCGUCUGGAGAAGAGCUCCGGACAAACUGUAGUUACCCUCAACGAAGCCAAGGCACAUUUGAAGGAAGACGACGAUUUGAUCAUUGCAGUUUACGACUAUUGGCUCAAUAAGCGUCUCAAGACUCAACAUCCACUGCUUCUAACGGUUAAAACGGAGAAUCGAUACGGUUCACCUGCCAAUAAUCCGUAUCUCGCGUUUCAACGCCGAACGGAGAAGAUGCAGACUCGCAAGAAUCGUAAGAACGACGAGGCUAGUUACGAGAAAAUGCUGAAGCUUCGUAGGGAUCUCACGAGAGCGGUCACUCUGUUGGAGCUGGUAAAGCGCAGGGAGAAAACGAAGCGGGAGCACCUGCAUCUGACGAUCGAGAUUUACGAGAAACGGUAUCAAGCGCAAGACUUCAGCGGACAGAUAUUGGCGGAAGUGUCGGCGUUAAAGGUACCGCGACCGGCGUUCGCUCCACUUUUUACCAAUCAAUUCGGUGUUCAUCAAAAUUGGUCAAACAAAGUCUGUAGUAAAGACGAAGUAGUGCCCAGGAAAGAAAAGAGACAGUACAAGAAGCGGAAACAUAAAACGGACAACAGGAGCGGGAAUUUGGACGACGCCGGGAUGCGUAGUGGAACGGGUAGUGGAGGUGGCCGAGGGAAUCGUCCGGGUGUUCUCGGAAGCGGGCUGGACCCGCUCAUCAGUUCGGAUGAGGACAGCCCACUUCCAUCUCAUUCGCACACCCAGCCACCGUUACCCUCCGAACGCGAUGACGAGGACGCCGCAGAUGAGGGUCAAUUCGCCUUUCGUCGGAAUAGAUAUAGCACUUAUUUACCGCCUGUAUCAGGUGGCUUUGGAAAUUGGCCUUGGUGUGAUAAAAACGAAGGCGGUAUGGCUGAUAAGAAGUAUAGGUUUGCGCUGACCAGCAUCAGCAAACCAGUGCCAAGGUGUAUCGGCUUCGCGCGACGAAGACUCGGUCGCGGUGGCAGGGUGAUACUGGACCGCUGUACGGCCGAUAUGGACGAGAUAUGGUCCUCUUUAGACUUCACGAUACACGAGUCCAGGUGUGGACCAGCGGAUUCGAAUGCUACUGCCACAGCAACGACCACUCUUAAAGCAGAUCGGUUACAUUUUCGACCAAAGACUCCGCCUACGUCGGUGCUUAGCCCGAGCGAGGAAAGCAGCGACAUGGACUCGGACGUAGAGUCAGUGGUCUCUCGGCCCAAGCCGCUUCCAUACCCGUUCCCGCUCGAAGCAACGUCCAUAUGCGUCGAGGUGGAGCCGGAUCGCGCGGGCGACGAGUCGCCGUACACGUCGGAGUUCAAUAUCGCGGACUACUUCUCGGCGGAUGCCCUCUCGUCAGACUUUGAUCUCGCGGUGGCGGGCAUCAGCGGCGGUGGUGGGUGCCUCAGUGGUUUGUCGGACGGUAACCCGAACGAGAUCUCGCGGACAGACGAACUCGGUAGUUCGCACUUCGUGGUGACGCCGCUGGCGAGCAAUCUGUUCGCGCCGCCCGUGCCGACGGCGACGCAGCAGGCUCGGCCUCAGUGCAGUGGUGUCAAUACUGGUGGUUUUAACGUUGUACAUACUCCAACAAGUUCUUCUUCGUCGAUCUUGUCGUCGUCGUCGUCGUCAUCGUCGUCGUCAUCGUCGUCGUCCUUCGUCACGUGCACGAGCAACCAGCAAAUUGCCGCUGCGUCGAGUACUGUGUCUACGCAGUGCACCGGUGCCGCCGUCGACGCGCAGUCGAAUCACCAGUCCAAGCAACACAGACAAUUGCCGAACAACAGUACCGCUGCCUCCAUUCUCUCGAAAUCUUUGACUAGUCCGACGAAUAAUAGAAAUGGUAGCAGCAGCUGCGGCGGUGGCAACAGCAGCGGCGGCAGCGGUAAUAGCGGUAACGUUGGUGGCAGUGCGAACGUUCGUGUGUUCAGUGCGAGCACCGUGACCAGUGGUGGUGGUGUUGUUGUUGUCGGUGGUGGUGGUGGUAAUAGUGGCAGUGGUGGCAGCGGCGGCAGCGGCAACAACAACAGUAGCAGUGUUGUCGUCGGCGGUAGCAUCACAAACUUUGGCAACGGUCAUCAGAAUGGUCCGAUGCCUACGCAUAUAAACAAUUCGAACAACCUGACUAACAACACACACGUGGUGAACAACCAGUCCACGAUAGUUCUGCCGCAGAAGCAUCCACCGUCCAGUCUGCUACCGGGCCUGAUCACGCAAAGUAAAUUAGCGAGCCUCGCGAGGCAGCAGCAGCAACAGACGCAGAGUCAGGCGCAACAAAUCCCAACGUCCGGGGAAAUUACGCUUAAUAGUAAUAGUGAAAGUUUGGAUAUGGAGGUGGAUGGAGUGGACAGUUCGCCGUGCGACAGCAAGCCGCAGCAACAGCCGCAGCUAGUACGGGCGAACAAAGCAAAUUCACUGGCGAUGGAAGUGACAUGAUGCCUGCUAUUGGCACCCCUGUUGCCGCCAAUACGUCACUGGGGGCUUCGCUAACUCUUACCUUGCCUAUGUCUCCGCCUCGGUUGGGAGAUAUCGGACGUACUACGAUAUACUGCGCUACGUUGACUCGAAGAGCGAUACGGCUAGGUACAAUUGCAACAACCCGACUCGGUUUUUAUAUUGCGGCGGCGCGAUCAGGAACAAACGUGGAUUCUAAUGCAGACACCGAAAGUUCAUCUUCUCUUGGUUCUGUCCAUCGGGGAGUCGUGCUCUGUAGUUUCAGACUCGUGCUCUUCGAAUCUCGCGUUUUUCCUUGCACAUUGAACGCUACGUACGAUUCGGCGGCCAUGUGGAAAGGUGUUUCCACCUCGUAAGCGCACGAUUUUAACUUGAAUUUGCCCGAUCGCUCAAAAUUAAACGUUACUUUCACCACUUCGCUAUAUUCUACAGUCAUCUGGUCUGUUAUGACAUGAUAUUAUAGACCAAGUGAAAUCACAUAUUCGAGUCACUUCGGCAAACUAAACACGCGGUAUCUCUUCGUUAUUCCCGAUAAAAGCGAUAUUCGUUUCCGGUCGUUCAAUGGAAGGAAAAUCGUAAUCGGAUGUAAAUCUCUGAGAUGCGAAGAGCCUUACAUUCAUCUGGACAUCGUUGAAAACCCUCGUUUGUCGAUUCGGUACUGUCCAAGUACACACGUGGCAUGAUAACUGGACGCAUACAGCAAGCUUUCUCAGACACAGCAUUGAUUAUUGACACAGCAUUGAAUGGUCAAAAUUCAGUAACAACAAAAGAAAAGAAAAAAAAUAGAAACUCUUUUAACUUUGUACUCUUAUACAACGUUUGUCGCGUGAGAUGUACGCUCAAGAAUCAAUAGAGGCUUUGCGUUUGAUCGUGGAUGAUUACCGAUGAUACGAUUAUUGGUUUCACGUAGAUAAAUGAUUAAUCAUUUUGGAAAUUACAAUUACGGCGCGAUAUUCUUUCUUUCUUAUUAUUAUUUUUUCCUCUCUUCAAUAUAGCGUCUACAGUGUAAAUUCGAAGCGCUACAUUAGCAAUGAAGGGAAUUGUAUGAUAAUCUGUUUGUAAGUACAAUAGUACGCUCGACUUACGUCUCAUUGCUUUCGAUAUAAGUAGAACUACAGGAAGUAGCAGAAAAAAAAUAGAUUGAUUUCUUAUGAAAUUGUACGAUUGUCUCAAUAUUGUAUAUAGAGAUUCGGUUCGAGUAUUAUAGGACUUUGUAGUAAUGCUCUAUUUCCCUUAUAUAUAUAUAUAUAUAUAUAUAUGUGUAUAUAUAUAUAUACAUAUAUAUGUACGUAAUACUACUUUAAAGGCUUCCAGGCUGUGAAAUAUUGAAGCUAUUGUUAUCGAUUAAUCUUUGAUAGCAUUAAUGUCAUUAAUAAUCGUAAAAGAUUUUCUUUCGCUCUAUCUUUUUCUCUAUUCACUUCUCUCUCUCUCUCUCUCUCUCUCUCUCUCUCUCUCUCUCUCUCUCUCUCUCUCUCUCUCUUUUUUCUCUCCGAUAACCGCCAAAACGUGCGUUUUGAUACUGCAUAUCCGUCAUACGGAUUAUGCGAUUGAUAUGCAAUUAUAAUGUAAUUUUAUAAUGUUGCGUUUGGGAAGCUUGUAUCACAGAAUUUGCGAAGGGAUCACACAUUCGUCACACACACACACACACACACGCGCGCGCGCGCGCACGCACACACAAAAUAUACUGUAUUAGAAUCUACAGGGAGAAGCUCAUAAGCGAUGCAUAACAAAACUUACGUCUUUCAAAUUGGUAACUGCAAUUAUAACUGCUAUUGGUGUAGAGAUAUCGUGUACUUUAAACAUGAAUUUUGACGAAACGGGCAAGUAGUUAAAAAUUUUGCAUUUUUAGAAAUUAAAUAUAUUUUUAUUUUUUAUUUUUUAUUUUUUUCUCUCUCCUCAUACCUCUUCUUGCUUCUCCCGCACGAACGAACCCGGCCGAGUGAAUUUGUGACGAGCUGUCUGUUGCGACAAUAUCGCACCUAGUGCGUCACACUUUCAUCCGUCCUCUCGGACUCUCUAUAACCAUUUUACCGUAGACGAAUAUAAACAUCGGAAAAGAGUCGUCGAUACUUGUAUUCUUAUUUGUAGAGAGUAGCGGCAUUUCUAUGGCUCAGAUGUGUGAAUGCGAGCGUUUAAAUCCGCGCCACACGUUGCGCUCUGCACUUUAGAGACUCGAGCGUGCAAAGCGAAUUCGUCGUCAGGCGUUUGGGCGGGCACAUAUCUCAGCCAUAUCAUUCCUCCUUCGAGAAUUUCGCGCUGCCGAGCCAAAUGACACUUCGUUCUUUACGCUUUUCGGUCUGCAUGUACAAAAUUCGUCGUAAAAGCCGCGCUCUGUUGAUACAACUGAACAAAUCAUCAUGGAUGUGUUCCGAGGCACAUGUACCAUUGAUUCGAGUCAAAGCAUCUUGUCGUUGUUAUUUACAUUUGAUCGGAGCAUGCCUCUCCUCUCUGUGCGCGAUAAAACCGUGUGGGCAAGCUUUUGCUGUGGAAAGCUUGUUGCUUCGGAACGAAGAAAAUUCCAACAAUGUAUACUUGGUUCUGGGCCCCUCUUACGCUCCUCCCUUUUUUCCUUUCCACGUCGCGUCGUCUGCCGUUCUGCCUUCGCUUCGUCGACAAGCAAAAGAAAGGCGUUGCAAAGCACGUAGAGUCGAGAGAAUUUUCCUUUACGAUCGGCAAACCGACAAUAUAUCGUCUGUACAUUUUAGUUUUAAAUACACACACACACAUACACACACGUGUACAUACAAACGCGCGCAAUGUUCUAGACGAAUCGCAAGCGGAAUAUACGCAAGCCUGGAUUAACGACGUUCUCCCCCAGGUUCGGUCGAUGUCGAGAAAUCCACUAGGAACAGACCUUCUUUUUUUUAUAACUUCUCCGCAGUCGCAAUUCGCAUUCUCCUUCGACGUACUCGAUAGUGUGUUGUAUUUUUCUCGUUACUGUAAAAGCGAGCAGCUGCAUUACGAAGGCAAGAUAAAGUGCAAACGCGGGAUUCGGGAGACUACAGAGAGACUUUCGUUAUUCAUUUAUUCAGUGAGACAAAAUUUCUUUUCGGAAGCAGCACCGAUCAUUGAAGCUGAUAAUCCGGGAUAAUCAUCUGGAAAUAUUUAUUCCGGGUUUCAUCUCUGUGAGGGGGAGGGAGGGGGAGGGAAGAACAGGAAGCAAAAAGACGCCUAUCUAAAGGAAUCCUCCUCGCGAUAGUUGAACGACGGGAAGAAACGAUUUGUCGCCAGCCGUAACGCGGAUAACACGUGGGCAAAGAUUAUGGUGCGAAUGUUACAAAUUGUAGGGUGACUCGAGGUCGUAAUAAGAAACGAAAGAGGGAAAAAAAAGGAUAUAUUGUACAUAUAAAAAUAAUUACGCUUAUUGUAUCUCUUACUUUUAGGUAAUUAACUAAAUAAUAUUAACUGUAAUUAAUGUUGUUGUGGUAGGCGCACAUACAAUGUGUACGGAGAUUUAUGAAUUCAAGACGAUUUUAGGAGGAGUAAUAAAGAAAUUUUAUCCUGGAUAGGACUUAUUAUUUUGUUAAGAUCUUCACAUACACACACACACACACACACACACACACACUCUUCGCUUGUAUAUUAUCUAACAUUUUUGUGAAAUCCGUUUUCUGACACGUAUUUGUACAUACUCUUUAAGUACUCUUCAUUAUUUCUCUCUCUCUCGUUUUUCUCAGAUUCACUGUUGCGCGCGAAACUGUGUAGCCUCCAUUCUCUCCACCUCGUUCGCUCGUGGUACCUGUAGGCAUCUAGCUUUUAUAAACGUUACUCGCUCGCCGUUAGACACGUACACGUGACAUACACACAACAUACAUGCAUACGUUACAUCUGUCUCCUGGCAUAUACACCGCUGCGUGUAUGUACUGCGUAUAUAUACCGCUGUCGAGAUUUUUAUCCGCCGCCUUGAAAGAUUAAAGGGAAAAAAAAGUAUAAAAGCAAAAAAAGAAAAGAACGAAGCGACAACCCUUCCGCCAGAUGAUUUUGAGAAGAACGAGCGACUUUAUGUGAAGAAUGGAAAGCGAUCCGAGAAAGAGCGUAACUUGUGUAAAGAAAAAAAAAAGACAAGAGAAUUCGUUUAUUUUAGUUGAGACGCUUUGAAACAAAAUAUAGUGUGGAUUUUUAUAUAAAAUUUAUUAACGUUAAAAAAGGUAACGACCCGAUAGCCAUUAGAGAAUUAAUAAGAACGUCGAGAAUCGUCAAGAUAUGAUCGCUCCGACCAAAGACUGAGUUCGCUUUACAUUUCUGGUUUGGCAAACACGAAAUUCCACUCGCAAAAUGCGCAGACCGAUUCGCCUCGCGACGGAGAAUCGCCGCAGCGGAAAGCUCGGUUCGAUCGGAGUCCUUUGCUGUGAGUUGAAAAAAAAUAUAAAUGCCCGCUGUUGUCACAAGGACAUUCGAAUCUCUCGCUUCGAUCGCGAGAAAUUCGAAUCGUAGGGACGAGUGAGAGGGGUCGAAGGGUCGGUCGGAUUGUGAGACUUCGUGUUUACCUAAUUCGUUGCAUUCGCGAGAAACAAAUAGUGUAUCAUGUAAGUAGAAGUAAGACAGAUCAAUGCAAAUAUUCUGAGUGAUCGGAGAAUGAGAACGGGAUAAAAGAAAACGAAAAAAAAAAGAAAGAAAGAAAGGAAGGAAGUUGUCGAUCGCGUUUCGCGCGCGAAGAAGAAGAAAAGGAAUUGCGCGAAGAGGGGAAUGAGCUUACCGGUUAUUUGUAGGUAAACGUAAGAUCGAGAGAAAGCUCCUCAAAGAUUUUUUGCGUGUUAAACAGAUAAUUAACGAUAAUAUCGACUGACGAGUGUCGAGGCACGGUGUAAUCUAACUAUACGUGUACUUUAUUCUGUGAAUACAGUGUGUAGGCACUUCUGUGUCGCUGUGCGACAGGAAAAUUUAACUGGAAUGAAGGGAUAAAAGAGGUAAAAGAGAGAGAGCAAGAAGAAGAGGAGGAGGAGGAAGAAGAGAAAGAAGGAGGAACGAGAAAUGACGCUUCAACCAAAGCUCCGAUUCGAACGAAAAAUUCUGGGCGCGAGUAU